AUGAAGUUUGCUCAGUCUAUUUUGGAUAAAUCAGUACCGGAAUGGAAGUUUAAUAAUAUUGACUAUGAAAAAUUAAAGAAACUUAUUAAAGAAGCCACUACUGCAAGUGAUAAUGAUACCAAAAACUUAAAUAAAUUGGCUAGUAGCUUUAAAGAACAAUUAGAAAAUGUGAACCUUUUCACCUCGAUGAAGGUUAAGGAAUUAUCUACGAGGUUGGUGUCUAUUGAGUCAUCUAUUCUUCAUUUUAAGGAAAUGAAAAGCGUUUCUAAAAAUGUUCAAAAAAAUCAAUUGAGAUUAAUUAUGUCUCAUUUAGAUGAUUGUAAUUCAGAAUGGCAAAAAUUAUCUAGAUUUGUAAUAUUACAAAGGAUUGCAUUGAAAAAAUUAUUCAAGAAGUUUACUAAACAUUAUCACGGGGGUCAAGAAGAGGCCAAAGAUUAUAUUGAGAAAAUCAAAGAUUCUCCAGAAUAUAAGGACGGUUAUGAAGGAAUAUCAUUUGUUAAUAUAGAUUUAGAACCAUUCUUGUUGGAAGUUUCGUUAAUAGCUGCUGUUAUACAUGAACUAAAUACAAAUUUAAAGCAAAAUAGCACCAACAAUGACAGAGAAAAUAUUAUUGAUGAUUCUAAAACAGUCAAUUCAACUCUGGAGUUUGAUACAAUAUCGUUAGGAAAUAGUUCAACUGUCCAAUCUUUUUUACUCUCGAUUGAAAAUAUUGAAGAAUUUAAGUUCAUGCUUCUGAAAUCUGGUUAUCAUUUAGUAGAUGAUGAAGUAUCAUUUUCAAGAGAGGUUUUAGAAAACUCAGACAUUACAAGCAAUAGAACAACCACAUCAGCACGUUCAAUUACAGACUUAAGAACGAUUAUUAAGGAUCAACAUAUGAAACACCAAGCUGAAGCAUCACAAAAAUCUUGUACUUCGACAACUGCCCUGUGUACACAGUCAAGAUUAGUAUAUUACCUGAUAGACUCAAAUCCAAGUUCUCCUUUGUUCUUGGAAAAUGAGUCAAUGAAUUUAUACCCAAAUAUUCUGUUGACAGAAAAAAAUAAUUUUGAUUCAAAACAUAACGUUUUACUCUGUCAUGUGGGAGGAAUAAGAGAUCAUUUCACGACAAACAAGUUAUCAUACAGUUACUUGCAAGAUAUAAUAUCGAAAGAAACACAAGAGGAAGUGAAUGCUGAGACAAAUAAAAGGAACUCUAAUCCUGUUGAAAAACUAGCCGUUCAAUGGAUAAGUUCCCAUAAUUUAAAGAUUUUGGACACAUCGAUUUCUUUCAAUAGAUCAAGAUUUGUAAAAUAUUCAGACACUGAGACAUACUACAUUACAUUAGACGAUGAAUUUACUUUUAAUGGUAAAUCCAUUUCCCAUGCAUAUGUCAAAAUUAAUAAAUCAAACUCGAUGAAUUCAAAAAUAUCUGUAUCCAAAACCAAUAAGAAGAAGAGGAGUACGGAAUUUGAAAAAUUAUGCGAACUAAUAAUCGAAAACAAAUGUCAAUGCUACCCUUUAUCAGAAGUUAAUACAGAAUGGAAGAUUUUUUAUCAGUUGAAGGAUUCACAUGAUCUGCAGGCAGAUUUAUAUUCAUUAGCGCUACAGGAUAAAUAUGAAAUUGAAGAAAAUAUAAGAUUGACUACUGAAGAAUUUUUUAAAAUAGGAACUCAAUUAGUGUUAGAAAUGUGUUCAACAGAUUUCCAGGCAGAGCAACAGAAUGUUGAUUCAAUCAAUCCCUUAACAGUGAAAGAAAAUGGAGAUAAUGUCGAGAAUGAUGUUGGCCGUGUUAGAUACUGGAAUGAAUUUGAUGACGGAGAAGAUUUUGCAGAUAAUGGUUUCUAUGUUAAUAAUUCCCUUGAAAGCCAGUCAUUUCUAUCAGAAAAUGCAUAUCCAAAGGAUAAUGGUUUUAUUAAAUUUAGUAAACCAUUCAUUAAUUCAGUGUAUGAUUUUUGUCAAAAAUUUCGUUCUACUAUCGGCUUACAGGUCGGUGAUGAAUACCCACCUUUAUUAUCUUUUAGUAAUGGAAGAACAAAAUAUACAUCAAGAGGUUCAAUUCCUUCAGGAAUAUCAUCUUCUAUUUCCAAUGAUCAUUUUGAUGAAUUACUCGAGUACGAAAGACAAAAUAUCGAGGAUUCAGAUGCAAUCUAUGAGUACAAACACGAUCAAGUUGUAACAUUUAUGUAUUUAACAAUAUUAAGUGUAUCUUCGGUUACUUCGGGUAUCUCCUUAGGUAUUAUCUUGGCCCUUUUUAAGGGAGGUUCUAGUGAUUCAAAUCUAGAGGUGGCUAGCAUUUUGACAAUAAUAAUCAUUUCAUCUUUAUUAGUAUCAUUGAUUUUAAAUUGUACAAGUCUAAUGCUACUUUUCAGCAGAUUCACACUAGCCCCUCUCUGGCAUUACAUUAUUUCAUUUUUACUAUUUCUGCUGGUAACAUGCACCGUGUGCUAUGGAAUAAUCGAGAUUUUCUUAUAA